AGGGUUUUUCACAAAUAAAUGCUUUACGCCACGGGGUAUUGCAGCUGCAUGUUUUUUUAAAACGCCUCUGCAACAAUAGCGUCAGAAAAGGUACGAUUCGUCACAAUAAAAGCAAAGGGUCUUCAGGCGAAUUGAUGAUGAUGAUGAACAAAUGAGUCAGGCAUGGGCGCAGAUUGGUUGAAAAUGACAUCACAUACAAUUGUACUAUUCUUAGCUUGUAGAAACAGCAUUACCUCAUCCUUUUCCCUUCGCGCAGGUAUAGACAUACAACAACAAAUAAUGUUACAGUCGCAGACAGGACAAGGAACAGGACGAGAGUAUUAGUCAAGAAAUAGAGCGCGAGCUCUAUACUCUACUUAUUAUUAAUUAAGCAUAAGAUAUAUUUUUGGAUUCCUCAUCCAUUUUCUUUGAGACCAUUCGGGUUGAUUAUAUCGAGUUAUUUGGUGUGCAAGUUGAUUUGUGCGAUAUUUCCAGUAUCUUCGUUUGGAGUGAAAAUCGUCACUACACAAAGGACAGAGAUGGUGUUCUACAGGGAGAGAGAGAACGGGACACGCGAGCGUCCACCGCUGUCUCUCAUCCUACCGCAUCUUUACCUGGGUGCAGAGACGGACGUUACGCAGGAUUGCCUCGGCGCCCGCGGGAUCUCAUACGUGCUAAGUAUGAGCCGAUACAGCCCGCAACCUACUUUCCUUCCCCGUUCCCAGUACCUUCGCAUCCCCAUCGAGGACUCUCUCCGAGACGACCUGCUGCCUCAUAUCCCGGAGGCACUGCGUUUUAUCGAUGGGGCUAUGUCAUCAGGUGGAUCUGUGUUAAUUCAUUGUGCUGCAGGAAUCUCUCGCUCCCCUGCCCUGGCUGUGGCCUACAUUAUGUACAACCUGGGGAUGGACCUUGACCAUGCCUACAGGUUUGUGAAAGAGCGCAGGCCUUCAAUCUCCCCAAACUUCAAUUUUCUGGGUCAGCUACAACACUUCCAAGGAACCCUCGCUCAGAAGGCCUCUAAUGGCAACCCCACUAUCCAGCCAAUCAGAUCACUGGACACAUGUCUGCAGCCAAGCAAUGAAAACAGCCACGGUUCCUCUGUCCCCCUGUCAGCCAAUCAGAUCAUGAAUAUUCAGGACAAUGGCUAUGUUGCUAAGGACUUUUUAGAGGUUGCUAAAGUGCAUAAUAUGUACAAUGAGAAUUCCACUUGUAACACAGAGAAUAUAGAGCAAAGGUCCUCAUAUUCAGGUGAAACUCAGAGUCUAUCAGAGAAGCCACAGCAAGACCAGAGGAGCGUGCCGUCACAACUGACGCUGUCUCUCUCCAGCAAACUAAGAACGCUCACUCUCAACCUGAACCAUAACCGGAACCAGAGGGAGGCCCAGAGCCCAUGUGGAGCAAUGACUCCAAGCCCCAACGAACCAGCGACACCGACACCAAAGCCCAACCCACUACAAAUCCCAACAGGCAUUGCGUCUCACUCUGAGAAGCGCAAGAGCCUCACCCUCUCCCUGUUUCUCGUUGGUGCAAUUCCCCCAACUCCCCACCAGAAUGAGCCAGAAAGCAGCAACAGGCACAGCAUUUGCCACAACCAAAGCACUCCAGCGUUUCCAACACCAUCCACAAGAGGGAGUCAGAAAGGCACCAGUGGUUCAAAAAGGCACAGUAGAAAGCCUUCGACAGUGGUCCUUUCCUCCUCACAGACAGAUGUACAACAGAGAGAGAGGAGCACAUCCUGCGUCAAAGCAGCAGGUCUGCCCAAUCGCUGCUCCUCCCAAACACAGCCUAAAAGAGAGCCCAGCCGCUGUCAGAGCGUGAAUAAGGGGAGGCCUAACUCGACUCCAAAGACGGGGAAGGACAACAGCAAGGGAAGAGCAGAGAGGGAGACACUAACAGGGAGCCUGAGCAACAGUUCUGUUUUGAGCCAGCACAGUAUCGUAGUUGACCAGCAGGUGUCGCCAGCAGCUAAGCUGUCUGCAUCUGCAGUGGGGGCUGAGGAAAGAGUGGAUGCUGAACAGGGCCUCCUGUUUCCUCUCAACAAGCUGCUGGGCUGGGGGGAGAAGAUGCAGCUGGGGGUGCUGUUUGGCCCCCGGAUCAAAGUGGAACAGGCUGUUCUGCCCUAUAGGUUCUGAUGCAGUAAGAGACCGUUGGCGAGGACAGAGAGAGGGCUGAUAAAUGCCAGGAGAUUGAUUUUUUGUGUGUGUGUGUGUGUGUGUGUGUGUGAGGAACUGAAGAACAGAGAACUGAACUGCAUGUAUAAUAUUUGUCUGCCCAUACCAUGUUCACAGUCCUCUUAGUGAAUGCUUUGUCCUAUAAAUGCCAAUUUAUUGUUGACUUCCUUCAAAAGCACUAUGUAUAGUACAUAUAGGGCAGUUUAUGCCUCCAACACAAUGCUCAUGGAUUAAGGCUUGAUUAUGUUGAAUUUUAUUUAUUGAUUGAUGUGAAUCAUGUGAUCAGUUUGUUGUUAUUUAUAAAAUGAAUAUUUUGAGGAUGGUAUUUUGGCACUGUUGUUUGUAAUGGGAUCACAGUGUUCAUUAGAGAUGACAUAUUUUACUCCUGUUCUCUCCUGGUUCUUCAAUUCUGACUCAUCUCCCAUGUAUUUCACCAUAAAUGUACAAUCAUUUAGGCCUAUGAGGAAAAAAUCUGAUUCACAAUUCAGACUGAUAUGGUUAUUCACUUAUUUUGUAAAAAUAUUACAAGAAUGCAGUCUUGAAAAUAAAGUUUGGAUAAUUUUCACUUUUA